GUGGCCGCUCCGUCCGCACCUGAGAGCAGCACCUGAGAGCACCACCAUGGCACCCUACUUCACCACCGGAUACCCUUUUCAAGGUCAGGGUCGGGUGAACCAGCUGGGCGGGGUGUUCAUCAACGGGCGCCCGCUGCCGAACCACAUUCGGCUGAAGAUCGUGGAGCUGGCGGCGGCCGGGGUGCGUCCGUGCGUGAUUUCGCGGCAACUGCGCGUUUCGCACGGCUGCGUGUCCAAGAUCCUGAACCGCUACCAGGAGACGGGCUCGAUCCGGCCGGGCGUCAUCGGGGGCAGCAAGCCGCGCGUCGCCACCCCCGAGGUCGAGCGACGCAUCGACCAGUACAAGCGCGACGCCCCGGGCAUCUUCUCCUGGGAGAUCAGGGAGCGCCUCAUCAAGGACGGCGUCUGCGACAAGGCGUCCGCACCCUCCGUCUCGUCCAUCAGCCGGCUGCUGCGCGGCGCCACCAACACCAUCGGCGCCAAACGCGAACUCGACGUCACCGACCACCUCAUGGCCAAGAACCACAACAUUGACACCAUCCUUGGGGGUUGUUCCAUGAGUUCUGGUGACGAAGAUUCGGACACAGAGAGUGAGCCUGGAAUUCAACUGAAGCGAAAGACCCGUCGCAGUCGCACCACCUUCUCAGCAGAGCAACUCGAAGCUCUCGAACGGGCCUUUGAACGAACGCAGUACCCUGACGUCUACACCAGGGAAGAACUGGCACAAAAAUUGACUUCAAGGACGAAAUUGACGGAGGCGCGAGUGCAGGUUUGGUUUUCCAAUCGGCGAGCGCGACUUCGGAAGCAGUUGAAUGGACAGCCGCACCAAUCGCCCGCGGCCUUCCACACGCCCGACCAACCCUUCCAAACAUCUCAAUUAGGUGCACCAUGGGCACAUCAGCCCUCAUACCCUUCCUAUUACCACCAAGACUUCCAUCAAGAGCACUCCUGGGCCACCAAAAGGGUCACUGACCCUUGGAGCUCCACCACUUCUGCUCUCACAGAUCCAAGCAGCCAAGGCGGCUCGGGGCAUCUGAUGUUCGCGAGCGGCUCCUCUUCCUACAGCGGCUUUGCAGCGAACGGCGGCGGCGUCGAGGCCAAAUCCGGCUGCUAUCCGUACCUCGGCCAACUGCCCGCCGUCGACUCGGCCGUGCACUGUUGAAUCGACCUUCGUGCCCAAUGCACCUCCUGAUAACUUAUUUACCCGCACCAGGCACGACUGAUAUAAUUAUUCUCUCUUCGCCUUUUUGUACAUUAAAAUAAAAAAAGAAGUAUAGGUCUCACAAAUGCACAUUUAAUGCAAGAUAAAAUAAAAACUACCUCUAGUUUGCAGUGC